GUUUGUCCGACCUUGAUACAAUGAAUCCUGUCAACAUUAAGCCGUAUAAACUCCCGAGUGAUGCUACAUGGCUAGUCACUGGAUGUUCAUCAGGAAUUGGUCGUGAGAUUGCCACUCUGGUAGCAAGCAAGCCAAGCCAACGCAUCAUUGCAACAGCUCGCAAUCCAGCCGACCUAUCCUAUCUCCCAGACGACAACGCCAAUAUCCUCAAACUUACCCUUGAUGUGACCUCUGUCGAUUCCGUAAAUGCCGCUUUUGCUACAGCUGCAAAGCAUUUUGGCAAAGCAUUCCAUCUAGACGUUGUGGUCAACAAUGCCGGCUACUCCCUCUCAGGUGAUACUGAGGGUGCAACUGAAAAAGAGAUGCACCAGGAGAUGGAGACAUUGUUCUUCGGUACCGUGCGCAUAACUACACGCAGCAUCGAGAUAAUGCGGCAAGCCAAAGAUCGUCGCGGUGGUUUGAUUUUCCAAAUCUCCUCGCUAGCUGGGCUGUGCGCCUUCCCUGGUCAUGCCUUUUACCAUGCUAGCAAAUUUGCCGUGGAGGGCUUUUCAGAAUCUGUGGCGAGAGAAAUGCAUCCAGAUUGGAAUAUCAACUUCUGUAUCGUCGAGCCAAGUGGCGUGAAAACUAGCUUUGAGGGUCAUAGCAAAGCAAACAUCAAGCCUCAUCCAGCCUAUGUCGGGGCUGAUAUGCCGGCAAGGAAGCUCGAGGGGUACGUGCGCCAGGGAUUGAAGCUUGGCAUGGGUAUGGAGCCUUCUACUGUUGCUGAAACCCUGUAUAAAAUCGCUAGCCGCGAGGAGCGUGUACCCCUACGGUUGCCUCUGGGAGCAGUCUCUUGGAAAAUGGCCAAGUCGAAAUUCGAGACCCUUUUGGAGGAAUUCGAUGCCGUCAAGAAUAUUAGUGCUAUGGGUGAAGAACUUUGA